AUCUGAUCAUGUAUUCAUUUUGACACUAGCAGUAAUUUAUAUGUCUCAGUCUUUGAGAGUGUCUGCCUUAAAGGCAUCAAGAGGCACAAAUAUCCUCCUGUUUGGGGGUGUCUCAAGGGUGGAACAACACAAAAAGGGAACCCCACCACAAUAAGAGUAUAUUUUACCAAAAGCCAUUGAUUACUUGAAUGAAGUUAUGAGAAAAGUCAGUAAGUGAGAGGCAUACAAAGAAAGUAAUAUGCAAUGUGCUAUAUAGCAUACUGUACGUAUAUACACAAGAGAGAGAAAAUCAUGGAGGGCCUUCAGCUCCACACAGCACAAAGACAUCCUCUGAGAGCUCUACAUCGCCACCUACAGGCCAACAUGGAAAAGACACACAUGAGCAACACAAGCGUGACUGACCCAAGGACAAGCAGCUUUCUUGAUAGAAGAAUUCUUAUUUCCAUAAAGCUUCAUGGUCAAUUGUGUCAAAGUGAAAUUGGAAUGACAAUUAAACUGUAUGUUCAGUGUUCAUCAUGAGGAAAACUGUGUGGACUCCCCGGUAAAAUAAUUUGUUAUUUUAAAUGUAUGUAAAUGUAUAAUUAAUUUGUUAACACAAGUGCUAGUCUUGUAAAAAAAAUAAACCACAAGCUGUUUUGUGCCAGCCACCACUUCCGGUCUAUGAAAAACAGACUGUUUCUGCAAGUAGCUGACAAGCAUCUACCCAGUACAGCAGGCAGUGAUGUAAACAACCUCUUCUCACAAAGUGAAAAUGGGACUCUAUUUCUCGAAGCCAUUACUUCAGCAUGAUCCAAUGAUGAAUCCUCCUGGCUGGUUUGAAAUCAACUGGACGGAAAUUCAAAACCUUAAAAUGAAGGAGAAUUUGAAGAAACUGAAACCUGCUGUUGAUCAUCUCCGCAUCCUUGUGAUUGGUCCUUUUGGGGCUGGAAAGUCCAGCUUCAUCCAGUCCAUAAAGAACAUCCUCAUGAACAGGAUCAGUAACUCAGCUUGUGCAGUUGCAGCCGCUGGCACAUGCUUAACUAAGGAAUAUAAAACCUACCAAUUCAAAGAUGCGCGUGGAAGUGAUCUGCCAUUUGUCAUCAGUGAUGUCAUGGGCCUGGGGAAGGAUUUGGGAGUGCAUCCUAGAGACAUCAUCAGUGCUCUGAAAGGUCAUAUUAAGGAGGGGUACAAGUUUAAACCUACACAGCCAUGCUUCGAGAAUGACGAAGGAUACAACAGCUGCCCAACUGUGAAUGACAAAGUUCACUGCUUGGUGUUCGUCAUUCCAAUAGACACCUUCACAGCUAACACUAGCAAUGAAGAUGAGAAGACACACAGCCUCUUGGACAAGGACCUCAUUAAGACGAUGCAGGACAUCCGAUACAAAGCUUGUGAUUUGGGGAUCCCUCAUGUGAUCAUCUUGACAAAGGUGGACCGGGCUUGUCCUCAUGUGAAGAACGAUAUCAAACAUAUCUACAGGAGCAAGAUCAUCCAUCAAAAGGCGCAAGCAUGUAGUGAAGUCUGCGGAAUUCCCAUGAGUGACGUCUUCUUAGUGAAGAACUACCACGAGGAGAAACAGCUCAACCCUGAUAUGGAUGCAGUGCUGCUGUUCACACUGACACAGAUCCUGAACUACGCCAACGACUUUGUGGAGAACAUCAAGGAGUCUUCAUCACCUCCAGCAGAUCCAGCAACUCUGUUGAUGGAAACCGGCUGGCGUAACAUAAACUGGGGAAAAAACGAUGAGAUGAAGAAGAAUUUGAAGAAAAUUCAACCCAAGAAUCCUGCUGUUGAUCAUCUCAGGAUUCUUGUGAUUGGCCCUAUCGGAGCAGGAAAGUCCAGCUUCAUCCAGUCUAUAAAGGGCAUCUUCUUGGACAGGAUGAUCAAUACCGCUAGCACAGUGGCAGCUGGUGGCAAAAACUUUACUCACACUUUCACAACCAACCUAUUCGAAGAUGAGCAUGGAAGCAUUCAGCCAUUUGUCAUCAGUGAUGUCAUGGGUCUGGGCAAAGAUUUCGGAGUGCAGCCUAUUGACAUCAUCAACACCUUAAAUGGUCACAUCAAAGAGGGCUACACGUUUCAUCCUGUAAAGCAAUGCUCUGAAAAAGACACAGGAUACAACAGCUCCCCAACUUUAAACGAGAAAGUUCACUGCUUGGUGUUCACCAUUCCAAUAGACACCUUCACCAACAAUGGCCGUUUGGACAAUGACCUCAUCAGGAUGAUGCAAAACAUUCGUGAAAAAGCUUGUUCUUUAGAGAUCCCUCUCGUGGUCAUCUUGACCAAAGUGGACGAGGCUUGUCCUCAUGUGAAGGAGGACAUCAAACAUAUCUACAGGAGCAAGACCAUCUAUCAACAGGUUCGAGCAUGUAGCCAAGACUUGGGGAUUUCCAUGAACAACAUCUUCCCAGUGAAGAACUACCAUGAGGAGAAGGAUCUUAACCCUGAUAUGGAUGCAGUGCUGCUGUUCACACUGAAAUGCAUCCUGAACUACGCCAACGACUUUGUGAAGGAGAUGAUGGAGUCUGAAGAUGCUGGGGAUCACAGUGAAGGCACUGAAACCAACUCACUUGUGGAGAAGAUGAAGGAGUCUGAAGGUGCUGUGGAUCACAGUGAAGGCACUGAAACCUCUAACUCACUUGUGGAGAAGAUGAAGGAGUCUGAAGCUGAUGGGGAUCACCAUGACACGUCUCCUGAAGAUGCUAUAGGUUGCAGGAGGAGGAGGAGGAGUGAGGAAUUGGACCUUAGCAUUAGCUUUGAAUGGAGGGAGACGAGUGAGUCUCAAGCUGAUGGGGAUGACAGCAUGGACAGCAUGAAAUGGGGCACUUACUUUGCAGAUUGGGAUAAAAAAAACAACGACCCUGCCGUUCACACAGACACAGAUCGUGACCUAUCCCAGUGACUUUGUGGAGAACAUCAAGGAGCCUGAAGGUUCUAGGGAUCACAGUGAAGGCAUUGAAACCUUUUACUCACUGAUGUAGAUUUUGGACCUAGUUCAUUUUACAAAACUAUGCUCUGCUGUACGUUGUGAAAACAACAGUGCAGAGCAAGAACCUUCUGAUUUUUAAAGGUCUUUCAUCAGGCCGCUAUCACGUCUGGUGUUGCUGCUUCCAUUGGUUAUAGUGGAAGCUAAUGUAUGUGCCUCUAUCCCGUCUGGCGUAGCUGCUUCCAUUGGUUAUAGUGGAAGCUAAUGUACGUGCCGCUAUCACGUCUGGUGUAGCUGCUUCCAUUGGUUAUAGUGGAAGCUAAUGUACGUGCCGCUAUCACGUCUUGCGUAGCUACAUCCAUUGGUUAUAGUGGAAGCUAAUUUACGUGCAGCUUCAGUUAUACGCGCCGUUCAUAAUAAUGCAAACGUAGUCACUUACCCUAAUGUUUUCAUGUGUUACCUUUUUGUUUUGGAACUGCAUAAUGAAUUACUGUACUGUAAUCCAUACUAUUGUACCAAAUAUAUAAUGUAAGCUGACAUCUUAUUUUCCCAUCUUUCAUUAUAUUCAUUUAUUUACCGUUCAGUUCUACUGGUGAUAACCAUGCUAUACACUGUACUGAUCUUAUCAGUAGGGUUGGGUACCGACACUCGGUACAAGUACGUACUCGGGGCGAACAUCAACGGUAGUAACCAUCCCGAAAUACAAUGUGAAUUUCGGUGCCUCAUUUCGGUGCCUCAUUAAAUAUGCAGCUGCUUAAUCGCGCUCACUGGUGUUGACUCUUAAAACGGCAGCGUCAGUGCACAGUCUGCACACACCACUGAAGGCUGUUUUCUACUGACAGCUAACCUGGUGUUGUUGAACAGGUGCAGCCUUUGAAAGUCUUUGAACCGUGGUGUGCUAGUGAACCUGCCCGCAUUUCCACCAGUUCGGAACCGAACCAAGGAUGCAUCAUCAACAAUGGGUGUUGCUUGCAAAAGCAAACGUUAAUGAGAUGCAUAAACGGGAGAAUGAUAUGAUCAGUUGUCCCAUAAAAACGGCAGAAAUUAGCUGUUUAAAAUGCUAGUCAACGUCUGCAGUGCAAUGCUAGUUGAAUCGUUUUGUUUACUCUGGCAACAGUUGAUAUGGACGGAAAUCUCAUGCUUUUAGCAGAGACGUUUCUUAGGCAGACUUUUACUGUCUAUGGGUAAAAGUCAUCGGUAAAAUUAAUAAAGCCUACAUGUAUAUUUACAUAGCCUACAAGUGUAGUGAUACACGAUUAAACGGCAGAAGGGGAUCAUCCAUGUAUUGCUGUUUAACUGGUAGCCUAACGAUAGAUUGCGAAGUUGAUGAGAAUGCAUGCAUUCCGGUUAGUAAAACGUGGAGGUAUGACGUAUUUUUCUCUGUAAGACGGCAUUGAGUAGCCUAAUAGCCGGUUGCCAAAAAAGUAACGAUAGAUAAAUGCGAUGUUUAUGAGAAAUGAAUGCAUUACAUGUAACAUGACCUGUUUAAAAAUACAUUAAACAUUGGGUUAUUUAUUUUGAA